UCCGCCCCGCCCCACCCGGGCCCGCCCGGCCACGGGCUAUAAGUUCGCGCCGGGCGGCUGGCCCGCAGCACCGAGCUGGUGGUCCACGCCCGAGUGUCCUGUCGCGUCCUAGCUGUCUCCGCUAACCUAGCCAUGGCCGAGGAGCUGAUCCUGGAGAGGUGUGACUUGGAGAUACAGGCCAACGGCCGUGACCAUCACACGACUGACCUGUGCCACGAGAAGCUGGUCCUGCGGCGUGGCCAGCGCUUCCGGCUGACGCUGUAUUUUGAGGGCCGCGGCUAUGAGUCCAGCGUGGACAACCUUACCUUUAGUGCUGUGACUGGCCCAGUUCCCAGUGAAGAGACCGGGACCAAGGUCCGCUUCCCACUGUCUGAUGACGUUGAGGAGGGAUCCUGGACAGCCUCAGUGCUGGACCAACAGGACAACGUCCUCGCCCUGCAGCUCUGCACCCCAGCCAAUGCCCCGAUCGGCCAGUACCGCCUCGGCCUGGAGGCCUCUACUGGCUACCAAGGCUCCAGCUUCGUGCUGGGCCACUUCAUCCUGCUCUUCAAUGCCUGGUGCCCAGCGGACGAUGUGUACCUAAACUCAGAGGAGGAGCGACGGGAAUACGUCCUUGCCCAGCAGGGCUUCAUCUACCAGGGCUCUGUCAAGUUCAUCAAGAGUGUGCCUUGGAACUUUGGACAGUUUGAAGAUGGCAUCCUAGAGACCUGCCUGAUGCUCCUGGACAUGAACCCCAAAUUCCUGAAGGACCGUGCCCGGGACUGCUCACGCCGCAAAAGUCCCAUCUAUGUGGGCCGGGUGGUGAGCCGCAUGGUCAACUGCAAUGAUGACCAGGGUGUACUUCUGGGCCGAUGGGACAACAAUUAUGGGGAUGGUAUCAGUCCCAUGGCCUGGAUUGGCAGCGUGGACAUCCUGCGGCGCUGGAGGGAACAUAGCUGUCAGCAAGUGAAGUACGGGCAAUGCUGGGUGUUUGCGGCUGUAGCCUGCACAGUGCUGCGGUGCCUCGGCAUCCCCACCAGAGUGGUGACCAACUACUACUCAGCCCACGACCAGAACAGCAACCUGCUCAUUGAAUACUACCGGGAUGAGUUUGGGGAGCUGGAGAGCGGCAAGAGCGAGAUGAUCUGGAACUUCCACUGCUGGGUAGAGUCCUGGAUGACCAGGCCGGACCUGACGCCGGGCUACGAGGGGUGGCAGGCCAUUGACCCCACACCGCAGGAGAAGAGCGAAGGAACCUACUGCUGUGGCCCAGUCUCAGUGCGGGCCAUCAAGGAGGGUGACCUGAGCACCAAGUACGACGCACCCUUUGUGUUCGCCGAGGUCAAUGCUGAUGUGGUGGACUGGAUCCGGCAGGAAGAUGGGUCUGUGCACAAGUCCAUCAAUCGCUCCUUGAUCGUGGGGCAGAAGAUCAGCACAAAGAGCGUGGGCCGUGACGAGCGGGAGGACAUCACCCACACCUACAAGUACCCAGAAGGGUCGCCCGAGGAGAGAGAAGCCUUCACCAGGGCCAACCACCUGAACAAACUGGCCGAGAAGGAGGAGACUGGGGUGUCCAUGCGGAUCCGCGUGGGCGAGAGCAUGAGCAUGGGCAACGACUUUGACGUGUUCGCCCACAUCGGCAAUGACACCUCAGAGACCCGUGACUGUCGCCUCCUGCUCUGUGCCCGCACCGUCAGCUACAACGGGGUGCUGGGGCCCGAGUGCGGUGUUGAGAACCUCAGCCUGACCCUGGACCCCUACUCUGAGAAUAGCAUCCCCCUUCGCAUCCUCUACGAGAAAUACAAUGAGUACCUGACAGAAUCAAACCUCAUCAAGGUGCGGGGUCUUCUUGUCGAGCCAGCUUCCAACAGCUAAGUGCUGGCUGAGAGAGACAUCUACCUGGAGAAUCCGGAAAUCAAGAUCCGGAUGUUGGGGGAGCCCAAACAGAACCGCAAACUGGUGGCUGAGGUGUCCCUGAGGAACCCACUCUCAGAGUCCCUGAAUGACUGCGUCUUCACUGUGGAGGGGGCUGGCCUGACCAAGGAGCAUAAGUCUGUGGAAGUCUCAGACCCUGUGCCAGCAGGAGAAGUGGUCAAGGUGAGGGUCGACCUGUUCCCGACUGAAGUUGGCCUCCACAAGCUGGUGGUGAACUUCCAGUGUGACAAGCUGAAGUCUGUGAAGGGUUACCGGAACGUCAUCAUUGGCCCCGCCUAAGGGACCCCUUUACCCAGCUCCACCCCACCUGCUGCCAACCCUCAACUCAACCUGGUCUUAAUCCCGAGAUAAUGAGCAACUUCACCCCUUCAGGCUGACAUGGCUGCCUGGGGCUCUUUGGGAGGAAAUGUACUCCUAAUCCAUCCCAUUCCUCUGGUCUUGUUCCCCAUCUGUCCCCUUAGCUGUGAGGAAUGUUCUGUGCCAACACAGUCGGAACCCUGGCCUUGGCAGACCAGAGCCAGGGGAAGAGGAGAGCCAUUGCCAGCACCCUGUGUUGUUUGGACUGUCCCUAGAUCCUCAGAGCAAGCACAAAGGGAUGGCGAGUCCACUGGCUCAAUGAAGGAACCCAGCUGCCCUGGCCAUUGGUCUCUCACCCCCAGCCCCCCCCCCCCAAAGGGAA